AAAUAAAUAUUUGGAACUGAAUAAAUAUUAAAUAAAUACAUUAUAGGUAUUUCCAUAAACCUAGGAUCCGAUUAUACAUUGUUGCAAAAUGUUUGUAGAAGAGUUUAUUUGCAGUAUUACAAAAAAAGCACCAAAUGAUGUAUUUUUCUUAUUUGAAAGUCUAAAUAACUUACUGCAAAAUAGUACGGAACAAGUUAACGCAGUUACGGCUGACUUAAUCGAUCUUGAACUUUUACAUGAAAUAGAAACUAUUGUUAAAAAUGGAAAUACCAGUGUUUACUUUGGUAAAACUUUAAGAGACUUGAAACUUAUGAUAGAAGAUGAAGAAUUUAGAAAACACGAAAUGUUUAUUCAGUAUAAAUCUCCGAAGAAGUUAAUCAUAUUAUCAGCAAAUCUACCUUUAUCAUCAAUGCAAAAUCUUGAAUUUGGUUGUAUAAAUGAAAUUAUUGAGAUUUUUAAGCAACAUGUUAAUGAUCUUGCUAAGUAUUUCUACGAACUAGAUAAUAUAGAUCAAUGUUGCACAGUCAUGGAACCUCAGAACGCUACAUAUAAGGAUGAAUACAGACGUAUAUUUUUAGAUGACAGAACCUGGCUGCACAUAGAAGUAACUCUAGAAGGCUUGGGAACAAACAUCCAUCUUGUUGGACAAUCCGAGUACUGGAACAAUAAGUUACAGUCAGGGCUUCUAAACUGGGACCAUGAUAAAAAUAUUGUCGAUAACAUAAUUACUAUAUUUGACAUAAGCCAGUUUCCAGAGCCUACAUCUACAGUACCAGGACACUUAUGCUCAGAAGCUGAUGGAGCCAAGUUAACAACAAUCGUUUGUGGGAUAUGUCUUUGUACUGAUUUGCCAGAGAUCCCAGGUUUACCACUGCCCUUGUGCCAAAACUCCUCUUGUGGUGUUUAUUAUCAUAGAAGCUGUUUGUAUGAGUGGCUAGUGGCAUGUGCUGGUAACCGUCCACCAGCCUUUGGUGUUGCCACUGGUGCCUGUCCCACCUGUCUUCAGCCAAUAACUUGCAGCAAAACUGAUAGUUAGCAUUACAUUGAAAUCUAAAUAAAGAUCUGAGAUUUU